GUCUGUAGCAGUGAAGAAGAAAAAAAGAAGAGAUUGAGGCGAGAGAUGAAGGGAAUUUAUGUCCGGGCAAAUGUCAGCGGAGGGCGGCGAGCACUGAGCCGGAGUCGGACGAGAAAGAGGGUGGGAAUGGCCGACGGGGGAGGACAGUAGGAGUGGAGGUGGGCCAUUCGAGUCGAUGAUUCGUUGAAUGAAUUAAGGUAGGGGACUAGGCGGCUAAGCGGAAGGCCGGCACCACGGCGCUGGUUAACGUCCGAACUUCGGGUGUGUUAUUCGAUACUUUAAGGUCAUCACAAUCUGCCCGUUAUCUAUCGGCGGAAACCCGCCCCCCGCCAGUCCGCUUUUGGUUCCGGGAAAUCCUCGUGGAUCGAAAUUUCUUAGAUGAUUCUUUUAUGGAACGAUAUCGGGAGAAGAGUCGGGCAUCAAUACCAUGUAGCAUACGCAGAGUAUGUCUCUUUCUAUCCCCUAGGACCGUUAACACCUGGAGUCCUUAUGGUUGAAUCUCAAUUGGGUACAUUGUACGGAUUACUGUUAUGUUCAUUGCCAAGACCGGCGAAUCCUCCAGUCCCGAUCCAAAGUGCCGGCUCACGUGUGUCCCGCUAAUCCUCAUUCGACCGGUGUCCCUGAGGCCCCACAGGCUCCUCCAUCGAAUCUCUUAUCUGAUCAUUUUACUCACUACCUUAUCAGUGAAUACUAACCGGUUGCAGUAUCUGACCACAUUCACUUCCUCCCCCCUCAACGCUCAGACCAAUCGGUCGGGGGGUGCAUGGACUACAAACCGAUCCCUCCUCUCUAAUAUGUUAAAAGGAUUCCUCCGAAAAAAGGAUGAAUAAGUAUUUCCUCUCGCUAAAGGCGGGACGUGCUACACCGUACGCUCCAAUUUAGUUUAACGUGGGGUGAGGGUCAUGCGACCCCCCG